GCAGAGCCUCUCUUCCUGGAUACUGUGGGAACAUCCAAACGGGAGGCUAAGCUAAGAGCUAGCGGCGCUCCUCUCCGCUCCUCCGUGCAGAGGAGCUCCACCGGGACCCAGACCGCUCCUCACCGCCGCGUCUCACCGCUCAGGGACAGCAGGAGGGUUCUGAAGCCGAGGUCCGGGAUGUCUUUCCUGGACAAGCCGUCCCCCGGCAGGCUGCUGCUGGAUGACACCGUCCCGCUGUCGGCGGUGAUCGAAGCCAGCCAGAACCUGCAGUCCCACACGGAAUACAUCAUCCGAGUCCAGAGGGGCGUGGCCUCAGAGAGCAGCUGGCAGGUGAUUCGGCGCUACAGUGACUUCGACGUCCUGAACAGCAGCCUGAUGGUGUGUGGUAUCAGCCUUCCUCUCCCUCCUAAGAAGCUCAUCGGGAACAUGGACCGGGAGUUCAUCGCUGAGAGGCAGAGAGGACUGCAGGCCUACCUGGACUCCAUUACCCAGCAUCCCCUGCUGUCCACCUCCCUGCCUGUUAAGAAGUUCCUCGACCCCAAUAAUUACUCUGCCAAUUACACAGAGAUCGCCCUGCAGCAGGUCUCCAUGUUCUUCAGGUCUGAUCCGAAGUGGGAGGUGGUGGAGCCGCUCAGAGACAUGGGCUGGAGGAUCAGGAAGAAAUACUUCCUGAUCAAAAACAAAGAGCAGCCCAAAGACAGGCAGCUGCUGAGCUGGGUGGAUCUGGGUCCUGAUAAGUUCCUGUCAGACAAAGACCUCCAGUCAGCCAUGAAGCUCCUGACCACGCUGUCUACUCUGUAUUUCAGUCCGUUGUUGUUCUUCAGCUGCAGUGAGUCUUCAGCUCUGCUCAUCAGGCCAUUCAGUGAGAAAGGCUCUCUGAGAGACCACAUCUGCAAGGUGAAGCCCAGAGAAACUCACCUGAAGAAAUACUGCAACCCCAGGAAGAGCCAGGGCCUGGAGGUGCCGCUCAUCAAACUGUACGGCAGGCAGAUCCUGGAGGGCCUGAGGCUCCUGCAUGAAGGGGGCGUGGUCUAUGGUCACCUGCAGACGUCCAAUGUUGUCGUGGACGACGGCAUGUGCCGCCUGCUGGACGUGGAGAACGGCAUUCUGGGAGUUCCCUCCGCCCUGCGAGCCUCCUUCACCCAGUUCAGGAAGAUCAACACCACAGAGAGCAUUGAUGUGUUCUGUUUCGGUCACUUACUGUACGAGAUGACGUACGGCCGACCGCCGGACAGCGUGCCCGUCGACCAAUACCCUGCCACCGCCUGCACCUCCACAGUGUCAGUGCUGCAGUCCAUCCUGUCCACAGAGGCCUGUAAGAGCGGGAUGCCCACAGUUUCUCAGCUCAUCCAGACGCCGCUGUUCAGCGACGUGCAGCUGCAGCACUCAGACAAAGUCCAGAUCAAGGUGCCCAGCCGGCUGAAGGAGGCCCUGAAGGCGGCGAAGGAGAGUCUGGAGCGGCGGCUGCAGGAGGAGCAGCGGGCGCUGCACCAGCACAGGCGGCUCACCAGAGCUCAGUCCCACCACGGCUCUGAGGAGGAGAGGAAGAGGAGGAAGAUCCUGGCCAGGAAGAAGUCCCGGCAGUCUGCGUACGAGAACGAGGAAGACGUCUCGCUCAAGAACAACAACAACUCCGGUUCUGGAGCCAGCUCCCCCCCCACCUCCCCCUCCUCCCCCACCCCUCCCUCCACCACAGGAGUCCAGCCUGCACCUCCUCCUCCUCCUCCUCCUCCUCCUCCUCCUCCUCCUCCUCCUCCGCCCAGCCUGACUCCUCCCUCGCUCCUCCUCCUCCGGCCUCCUCUGACGGGGAGGGGGGGGGGCCGCGCCGCCCUGCUCAGCUCCAUCCAGACCUUCAGCAAAGGCAAACUGAGGAGGGCCGAGACCGCCGACCGCAGCACGCCCGUCAUCUGACCCCACAACCGUCACCGUAGCAACCCCACCGACUGUGUCGCCGCAGCAACCGCUGUUGUCGUCUGGACCGAUGACGACCUUUUUUUCCGGAGCGACGCCGCAGCGAUCCGACCCGACGGCGACUACAGCGCUCCUGCCCGGGGCGGGGACACAGAACUCAACAAAACAAAACUGUUCAAGUGCCGCUUUUAUUUUUGUUUGUUUCUUUUUGCUUUUGAAGCUUUUUUCUGCUUUCAGAUCUUCAGAAUCCGUCGCUGCGUGGAGAGGGACCGGAGCGUCUUCUUCUCCGGGAAACUCAAACCGUCUGUUCAGCUUCAAAACCGUCAAAGUGGCUGUUGGAUUUUAGAUUUGACACCAGCCACUGUGGAAACUCCCCGGCCCAAACCUCUCGCCCCCCUGAACCUCCUGUGGCAUGCUGGGACGUCCCGCCGCCCCUCUGACCUUCUGUCAGGUGAAACGACAUCAGGAGGCGGCGUGGAGUCGCCGCGCUGACGGGACGAAACCGUCACCGCGUUUUCCACGCUCGCAGGUUUGAUCCCGUCCUGCUGCGGGACGGUGGCCGCCGGGCCGGCCUGACCACCGCAGGGUCCCACGCGUCCUGGAAAACCUGGAACACCUUGAACCUUAGAGACAGGAAAACUCCCAAACUGCUAAAAGGUCCUGGAGAUGUCGGUGCGGUCCUGGAGUUUGGGCGCUCCCAUGUUCAGGUGUUUUCCUCAGCUCCUGUCGCCCCGUCAGGGUCACAGGCUCAGAGGCACAAAGGCAGCACUCUGAGCAACAAGGUGUUUACAUGUAAACAACAUGUUGUUUACACUUUGUUAGCGUGUUCACGUAUUCAUUUUUUGGUUUUUACAUGUAAACAUGUUGGACCACGCACAAACGGGACCUGAGGCGGCGGCCUGACGGGACCCGGGGCUGCUGGUCCGAGCGGGAGCCCCGUCUCACCUGAGCCCCUCCUGAAGGAAACACCUGAACAUCGGCCCACGCUUCUACCCACAAUGCCUUGUGUUUGAGCUGGUUGGAUUCUCUGAGACGUUCCUCAGGACAGAGCAGCUGAGCGCAGGCAGGGGGCGCCGCAGAGCCCGGACCCUCUGAGACAAACCUGAAGCCUGUCCUCUGGUGUUGUAGCGUGUGUGUGUGUGUGUGUGUGUGUGUGUGCGCUGCAGCUCUGUGUUUGUUGUCUCCCUUCACUUCCACAGCAGAGCAGCAACAAGUCGUACCUGUUCCUCCUAUUUUUAAAGGAAAGUAAACGUGUCAUUGGUCCGUUGGGACGCGUCUGCAGUGUUUUUCCUGUAGUUUAGUGUUCGUGUGGUUCUGCUGCUCUUAUUAAUUGGCAUCAAACAAACAGAAAUGUCCUCCUCUCGUCCUGAAUCCAUGCUGGAGCAAUUCAUUGGUUUUUGUUUUUUGUUUUUUUUAAUUGAAUGAAGCUGAAGCACAAUUUGAAAGCAGCUGCUGGUGAUUUGAAAAUCCUUUUUAACGGCGUGAACGAGCGCCUGAGAGGACGAUGUGGACGCUGGUCCCUGUGGUGGAGACGCAGACGGUUCCUCAAAGCGUUCCUGGUCCCUGUGGUGGAGACGCAGACGGUUUCCUCAA